AUGGACGAUGCAGACAGACCACAGCUGCCUGCCUCGACGACCCAUCAUGUCCUGCCCUCGCUCUCCUAUACUGCCGCCGUCUCUGUCCCUCAGGAGACCCCAUACAACCACAACCUCUUCUUGCAGCAGCAGGUCUUUGCUGACAAAUCCAACCGUCUCCUCAACUUGAUUCAGUCCACUAAGGGUCUGCUUGAAGAAGUCCGCGAGACCAAUGCGACAAAGCCCUGGCAGACCUACUACCCCAGCUUCCAGAGCGCAGCAGCCGCUGCUUCUGCCACCUCUGCAUCUACCAACCCUCUCCGUCGCUCGACCUCCUUCCAUCCUGAGGAGGACAGCGACCGCUCUGCUUCGCUCCCUCUCCAGCAGCGUGUUCAGCGCUCCUUCACUGUCCCUGGAUCGCCUCAAAGCCCCCAUGCCUCUCCUGAGACUCCCGCUGUUGGUCGUCUGUUGGAGCUGAAUGUGCUCAAGCUGGACUUGAAGGUUGGCAACUAUGCAACAGGCAAUGAUGCCCUGCUCCGAGGAUUGGAGCGCAACACCAUUGCACACCUCCUGGACGGUCGUAUUCAGCAGAGCGUCAAGCAUCUCGACAACCUCUACCAGCGUGUCUCGGACAAGAGCUCCAAGGUUCUGAUCACGGGUGAUCUGAACGCCGGUAAAUCAACCCUGGUCAAUGCUCUGAUGCAGCGCACCAUCCUUCCCAUCGAUCAGCAACCCUGCACCUCGCUGUUUUGCGAGGUCCUCGAUGCUCAGGAGAAUGAGGGUCAGGAGGCCGUUCAUGCCAUCAAGAACCCCUCGACCUAUAACCGCGAGGAUCCCAACACCUUCACUGUCGUGGACAUGCGUCAUCUGGAGAAGUUCAUGAACGAUGUGAUUGACGGUUACGAAGACUAUGCGCAGCUCAAGGUCUACUGCACUGAUCGUCGUCUGGUCAAUGACUCACUCCUCCAUAACGGCGUCGUCGACAUUGCGCUGAUCGACUCGCCCGGUCUGAACCGCGACUCUGUCAAGACCACGGCGUUGUUUGCUCGCCAGCAAGAGAUUGAUGUUGUUGUGUUUGUCGUCUCUGCCGAGAAUCACUUUACUCUCUCUGGCAAGGAGUUCCUCUGGAAUGCCGCCAACGAAAAGACCCAUAUCUUCAUCGUCGUCAACCGAUUCGACUCGAUCCGUGACAAGGAGCGCUGCAAGCGCGUCAUCCUCGACCAGAUCAAGCAGCUCUCCGCCAAGACCUACGAGGACGCGGAUGAGCUCGUGCACUUUGUCUCUGCUGGAUCGUGUCUGCCCGAAAUCAUCCAGGGCGGAGAGCUUCCUGCGGACUUUUUGAGACUCGAGGAGUGCCUGCGCUCGUUCGUGCUCGAGAAGCGCUGCAAGUCCAAGUUGGCGCCAGCCAAGGUCUACCUCGAGAACAUCCUGAGCGAUGUCAGCAUUCUUUCAGAGUCAAACCGUCAGAUGGCAGCAGAUGAGCUGGCCAAGGUCCGUCUGCAGUUGGAGCGCGGCGAGCCCGAGUACCAGGAGACGCUGAUCCGACGAGAGAUGGUGCUGGAGAAGGUUGACCGUCUUGCCGAGGAGACUUGCACAUUGAUUGACGCGAUGACGCGCGAGAAACUGAGCAAUGCUGUGGACGACAUUGAGAACGCGGUGUCGGCCCUGGUUCCCUGGAACGGUCUGUUGCACGUCUGGCAGUACUCGAACGAUCUUCGCUAUGUGAUGGCGGAUCUAUUUGUGGACCGGGUCAAGAGCUGUGAGGCCGAGGCCAAGGAGAAGACCAAAUCGUCAGUCAACGACAUUAAUAAUCUGGCCGACGAUGUCGCGCCCGUCGCGCAGUCGGAUGCGUUGACGCUCUUCACGAAGCCUGAUCCCUCUCGCAUCACGACAGGAAAGCUAAAGGAUGAGCUUGCGCUUGAGUUUUCGGACGUAUUUGAGAUCCAGGACAAGCUGGGUGUCGCCAGUGUCUCUCUCGGCGCGGUGACGAUGUUCUCGAGCAAGGCUCUUGGCUACAAGUCGUUAAUUCACAGCUUGUUCGAUAUCACCAGCACGGUCGGCGUGUCAAAUGUGCGCCGGUGGGCCAUUCCUGUGGUCACUGUUGCGGGAAUGGGUCUGCUCGUGUACAUUGCAGCAGAUAUGAAGCAUGCGCUGGCUCGCAAGACCGCCCGCAAGCUCCGCGCACAGAUCCGUGAGGGUACGGUUGUUCAUGACGAGGCGAUGCGUAUUGCACGCGACUGCCGCCGAGUGUUCAAGAGUAAUGCUUGGGAGAUCCAGAACCGGUUCCAGAAGGAGAUUGAGGCUCAUGAAAGACGUCGUGCAGAGCAGGAGAAGGCGGCGAAGGAUGGUGAGCAGGCGGUGAUUUACUUUGGAAAGGUGUUUGACAAGGCCGACGAGUUGGCGCGUUGGGUCGCGGCGGUCGAGGUGGAGGUGGAGGAGCGUAAGGUCAAGGCAUAA